GGGGAGUCACUUUAAAGGCUCUUUCUUACCCAUAAUGCUUUGUGGGGACGUUGACAAGUGGAUCCAAGAUGGCGUAGAAAGUAAUGACAGGAAUUGGAUGAAGUAAUUGAUCACUAAAGAACUACAGUGCUGGUGAGAUGUGUAAGAUUGAGGCAUUCUAUUGACAUUUGCCUUCCCAAAAACAAAAAACAAAAAACAAAACUUGGGAGAGGAAGGUGGACGUAAAUCAAGAUCCUUUUAAAUUAUAAAGAGCUCUGAUGGGCUAUUUGGGUGAUCCCCAGUGCAGUGAACUGCAGGAUUUUUGUCCCUGAGUCAUGGAAGACAGAAGAGCUGAGAAGUCAUGUGAACAAGCGUGUGAAUCACUUAAGAGGCAGGACUAUGAAAUGACCCUCAAGCACUGCACAGAGGCCCUCCUUUCUCUUGGCCAGUACUCCAUGGCCGACUUCCCAGGGCCAUGUCCACUGGAGAUAGAAAGCAUCAAAAUUGAGAGUCUUCUUUAUAGAAUUGCCUCAUUUUUGCAACUGAAAAACUAUGGGCAAGCUGAUGAAGAUUGUAGGCAUGUGCUGGGAGAAGGCCUGGCCAAGGGAGAUGGGGCCUUUCAGGCAGUGCUCUGCUGUAUGCAGCUGAAAGGAAAGCUUCAACUGGUAUCCAGCAUUCUUGCCAAGUCACUGACAGGAGAGUCCCUGAAUGGGAUGGUCACAAAAGAUUUGACAAGACUCAAAACACUUCUCACAGAAACAGAGACAGCCACUAGUAACGUCCUGUCUGGAUAUCACGUGGAAGACUUGGAAGGGGGAUCUUGUAAUGGUUGGCAUUUCCGCCCACCACCUAGGGGAAUCACAAGCAGCGAGGAAUAUACUUUGUGUAAAAGAUUUUUAGAGCAAGGAAUCUGUAGGUAUGGUGCGCAGUGUACUUCAGCACAUUCCCAGGAAGAACUAGCAGAAUGGCAGAAAAGAUAUGCUUCACGCUUGAUAAAAUUGAAACAGCAAAAUGAGAAUAAACAGCUCUCAGGCAGUUACAUGGAAACCUUGAUAGAAAAGUGGAUGAAUUCAUUAUCUCCUGAGAAAGUGCUUAGUGAAUGUAUAGAAGGAGUAAAAGUAGAGCAUAAUCCUGAUCUGUCGGUCACUGUCAACACCAAAAAGUCUCACCAGACAUGGACCUUUGCUCUUACUUGUAAGCCUGCAAGAAUGCUGUAUCGUGUAGCAUUGCUUUAUGAUGCUCAUCGUCCUCAUUUUAGUAUCAUUGCAAUAUCUGCCGGAGAUAGUACUACCCAGGUAUCACAAGAAGUCCCAGAAAACUGUCAAGAAUGGAUAGGAGGAAAGAUGGCCCAAAAUGGAUUAGAUCAUUACGUGUAUAAAGUCGGGAUAGCAUUUAACACAGAAAUAUUUGGAACUUUUCGCCAAACCAUAGUUUUCGACUUUGGAUUGGAACCAGUACUCAUGCAAAGAGUAAUGAUUGAUGCAGCUUCUACAGAAGAUCUUGAAUACCUGAUGCAUGCAAAACAACAGCUAGUAACCACAGCUAAGCGUUGGGAUUCUUCUUCUAAGACUAUUAUAGAUUUCGAACCCAAUGAAACUACUGAUUUGGAGAAGAGCCUUCUUAUCAGAUACCAAAUUCCUCUCUCUGCUGACCAGCUGUUCACCCAGUCCGUUUUAGACAAAUCGUUGACCAAGACCAACUAUCAGUCACGGCUGCAUGACCUUCUUUAUAUUGAGGAGAUAGCCCAGUAUAAAGAAGUCAGCAAGUUCAACCUUAAAGUGCAGUUGCAGAUUCUAGCAAGUUUCAUGCUCACUGGAGUUUCUGGAGGUGCAAAGUAUGCUCAGAAUGGACAACUUUUUGGUCGCUUUAAGCUUACUGAAACACUUUCUGAAGAUACUUUGGCUGGACGGCUGGUGAUGACCAAAGUCAAUGCUGUUUAUUUAUUACCAGUCCCUAAAGAGAAGUUAGUACAGACCCAGGGAACCAAAGAGAAGGUUUAUGAAGCUACUAUUGAAGAAAAAACAAAAGAAUAUAUAUUUUUAAGGAUAUCCAGGGAAUGCUGUGAAGAACUUAAUCUUCGGCCUGAUUAUGACACACAGGUUGAACUUCAGUUUCAAUUAAAUCGAUUACCCCUCUGUGAAAUGCAUUAUGCGCUAGACAGGAUCAAGGACAACGGGGUUUUGUUUCCAGACACCACUAUGACUCCAACCAUACCUUGGAGUCCUAACAGACAGUGGGAUGAGCAGUUGGAUCCUCGGCUAAAUGCAAAACAGAAAGAGGCUGUCCUGGCCAUUACAACUCCACUUUCAAUACAGCUGCCUCCUGUUCUCAUCAUUGGACCCUAUGGGACAGGCAAAACAUUCACUCUAGCUCAGGCCGUCAAGCACAUACUCCAGCAGCAGGAGACGAGCAGGAUCCUCAUUUGCACCCAUUCUAAUAGUGCUGCUGACCUCUACAUAAAGGAUUAUUUACAUCCAUAUGUAGAAGCAGGCAAUCCCCAGGCAAGACCUCUCAGGGUAUAUUUCAGAAACCGCUGGGUAAAGACUGUCCACCCAGUUGUGCAUCAGUACUGUUUGAUCUCAAGCGCACAUUCCACCUUUCAGAUGCCACAGAAAGAAGAUAUUCUUAAACACCGAGUGGUUGUUGUUACAUUGAAUACUUCCCAGUACCUCUGUCAGUUGGACCUUGAACCUGGGUUUUUUACACACAUUCUAUUAGAUGAAGCUGCCCAGGCCAUGGAGUGUGAAACCAUUAUGCCUCUAGCAUUAGCAACUAAAAACACUCGGAUUGUCUUGGCUGGUGACCACAUGCAGCUCAGUCCUUUUGUUUACAGCGAGUUUGCCAGGGAGAGAAACCUUCAUGUUUCAUUACUUGAUCGACUCUAUGAGCAUUACCCUGCUGAGUUUCCAUGUAGGAUCCUCCUCUGUGAGAACUACCGCUCCCAUGAAGCUAUCAUCAAUUACACCUCUGAGCUCUUCUAUGAGGGCAAAUUGAUGGCCAGUGGAAAGCAACCAGCACACAAGGAUUUCUACCCACUAACUUUCUUUACAGCACGAGGGGAAGAUGUACAAGAAAAAAAUAGCACAGCUUUUUAUAAUAAUGCAGAGGUAUUCGAAGUGGUGGAACGUGUGGAAGAGUUGAGAAGGAAGUGGCCAGUAGCGUGGGGGAAGUUGGAUGACGGCAGUAUUGGUGUGGUCACUCCGUAUGCUGAUCAAGUGUUCAGGAUACGUGCUGAGCUUCGAAAAAAGAGAUUAUCCGAUGUUAAUGUAGAAAGGGUGCUAAAUGUUCAAGGAAAACAGUUCAGAGUUUUGUUUCUUAGCACAGUGCGUACAAGGCAUACUUGUAAACACAAACAGACACCGAUUAAGAAGAAAGAGCAGCUGCUGGAAGAUUCCACGGAGGAUUUAGAUUAUGGUUUUCUCUCUAACUACAAACUUCUCAAUACUGCCAUCACAAGAGCACAGUCCCUGGUUGCUGUGGUGGGCGAUCCCAUUGCUCUGUGCUCUAUUGGAAGAUGCAGGAAAUUUUGGGAACGGUUUAUUGCCCUGUGUCAUGAAAAUAAUAGCCUACACGGAAUCACUUUUGAACAGAUCAAAGCUCAGCUAGAGGCUUUAGAACUCAAGAAGACGUAUGUGUUGAAUCCACUGGCACCUGAAUUUAUCCCCCGGGCUCUACGACUGCAGCAUUCAGGAAAUACCAACAAACUGCAGCAGUCACCCCCCAAGGGGAAGAGCCUCCAUCAUACCCAGAAUGAUCAUUUCCAGAACGAUGGAAUUGUUCAACCCAAUCCUUCUGUACUUAUUGGCAAUCCUAUUAGAGCAUAUACUCCUCCACCCCCUCUUGGACCUCACCCAAAUUUGGGGAAAUCUCCAAGCCCUGUUCAAAGAAUAGAUCCUCACACUGGGACAAGUAUUCUUUACGUACCUGCUGUCUAUGGAGGGAAUGUAGUUAUGUCGGUGCCUUUACCUGUACCAUGGACAGGGUACCAGGGCAGAUUUGCAGUCGAUCCUCGGAUCCUUACGCACCAGGCAGCGAUGGCCUACAAUAUGAACCUCUUACAGACACACGGACGGGGGUCUCCCAUACCGUAUGGCCUUGGGCACCACCCACCUGUCAGCAUAGGGCAGCCGCAAAACCAGCAUCCAGAGAAGGAGCAACAUGAGCCAAGUCGAAAUGGUAAAAGUGAUACAAAUAAUCCUGGAGCUGAAAUUAAUAAGAUUCGAACACCAGAGAAAAAGCCUACAGAAUCAAAACAGAUUGAUUUGGAAUCAAAUCCACAGAACAGAAGUCCUGAGUCGCGUCCUGGUGUUGUUUAUCCCAAUACCAAAUUUCAUCGCAAAGAUAAUCUCAACCCGAGACACAUAAAUCUUCCUCUCCCGGCUCCCCACGCACAGUAUGCCAUCCCCAGUCGUCAUUUUCAUCCCCUUCCCCAGCUACCCAGACCACCGUUUCCGAUUCCGCAGCAGCACGCCCUGUUAAAUCAGCAGCAGAGUAAUUUGCCUGAACAACCAAAUCAGAUGCCACCCCAGCCAAAUCAGGUAGUCCCGCCGCCGAAUCCGCUGAACCAGCUGACUCCGCAGCCGCCGCCUCAGCUUUCUCCUGCCUAUCAGGCAGGACCCAACAGCGCUUUCUUUAAUAGCGCCGUGUCUCACCGCCCGCAGUCCCCACCCACAGAGGCUGUGAUCCCCGAGCAGCAGCCGCCUCCCAUGCUGCAGGAAGGCCAUGGUCCUCUGCGAGCCAUCGCACAGCCCGGCCCCCUCCUUCCGUCACAUCUGAGUAACUUCACUGAUGAGAACCCCCCAGGAUUGCCUGUAGGGGAGGCUUUAGAUCGUAUGCACGGGAGUGUAGCGCUAGAAACACUAAGGCAGCAGCAAGUGCGGUUCCAGCAGUGGAACGAGCAUCACGCCUAUCUCAGUCAGGGCAGUAUUCCGUACCCGCACCAUCACCGCCCACAUCCGCACCUCCAGCACCUUCCUCAGACGCCUAUCGGAUUGCAUCAGCCCCCAGUGAGAGCAGAGUGGAAGCUCCCCAGCAGUGCCGAAGAUGAAGCAGAAACCACAGACUCCAGGUUUCAAGACUUAAUCAGAGAACUGUCUAAUCGUGAUCAAAGUGAAACACGGGAACUAGCUGAAAUGCCACCACCUCAAUCAAGACUUUUGCAAUAUAGACAAAUUCAGACUAGGAGCCCACCAGCAGUCCCAUCUCCCCCAUCCAGCACAGACCACAGUAGCCACUUUUCUAACUUUAAUGACAACAGCAGAGACAUUGAAGUAGCCAGCAACCCAGCAUUUCCACAGCGCCUACCGCCCCAGAUAUUCAGCUCGCCUUUCUCGUUGCCAUCUGAACACCUUGCCCCUCCUCCCUUGAAAUACCUGGCACCUGACGGAGCAUGGACUUUUGCUAACUUACAACAGAAUCACCUAAUGGGGCCGGGUUUUCCCUAUGGCCUACCUCCAUUGCCGCACAGGCCACCGCAAAACCCUUUUGUACAAAUACAGAAUCAUCAACAUGCUAUUGGUCAAGAGCCAUUUCACCCAUUGUCAUCUCGAACAGUAUCUUCUUCUUCGCUCCCUAGCUUAGAAGAGUAUGAACCCAGAGGACCUGGUCGGCCCUUGUACCAAAGAAGAAUCUCAUCUAGCUCAGUCCAGCCUUGUUCUGAAGAAGUAAGCACUCCUCAAGACAGUCUUGCUCAGUGUAAAGAGCUUCAGGACCAUAAUAACCAAUCUUCUUUCAACUUUUCAUCCCCGGAGUCCUGGGUAAACACCACCUCAUCUGCCCCCUAUCAGAACAUUCCGUGUAAUGGAUCCAGCAGGACAGCUCAGCCCAGAGAGUUGAUCGUUCCACCCAAGACCGUCAAACCCCCUGAGGAUCAGCUGAAGUCUGAGAACCUCGAGGUGUCCAGUUCCUUCAACUAUAAUGUGCUGCAGCAUCUCGGCCAGUUCCCCCCUCUCAUGCCCAACAAGCAGAUCGUGGAGUCGGCCAACAGCAGUAGCCAGCAGAGCUCUGGGGGCAGCAAGCCCGCCAUGUCUUAUGCCAGUGCUUUGCGGGCCCCUCCCAAGCCCAGGCCCCAGCCCGAGCAGGCCAAGAAGAGUAGCGACCCUCUGUCUCUGUUCCAGGAACUUAGCCUGGGGAGCUCAUCAGGCAGCAAUGGCUUUUACUCCUAUUUUAAAUAAUCACUUUUUUUCCCCCUCAAGGGAGAAUGUUUUAAUUUCUGUUUGUAUCAGUAGAAUUAAGAUAGUUGGACUUCAUCUAUAGAUGCACAGUUCCCUUUGUUUUAAUAUUAAAUAUGUUCUCACUUACUUGCUUUGCUGCUAGACUUGCGACUAAUUUUUUAAAAGUAUAUUCCAUUAUUUUGCAUUUUUGACGUGAGUCUUUUGACAGCUUUUAUGUAGAAUAAAAAAUAUUUUUAAAUUUGUGUAUUGUUACAUAUGUUUGCAUCAAGCUAGCAGCUAAGAGGUUAAUUGUGCAACUAUAAAAAAAAAAGAAAAAAAAACUUUGUCUAAAAUGUAUUUAAAAAGAAAAAAAAUUGUAAGUAGCAUUUACAUUUAUUCAAUAAUAUUACCAUAUGCUGGGUUUCUGUACCAGAAAUGGCCAGUUGAUGUACAAAUGUAUGUUAUUUUUGCUUAAAUUCAUUUAAAAUUUUUUAAAAUAAAGGGGCAGCAUCUUCUAAAUACUUUAAGUUUUAUCAGCUUUUUUUUUUUUUUUUUUUUUUGGUGACAAGAUGCUGCAUUCUAAAACUUUUAUAGUUUUAGACUAUGUAUGAUGUGCUGUUGUAAUCUCCAUCCACUGUAGGAUAGAGUUAAAGGCAUUCUUUGCAGGUAUAUUUUGUAUGCCACUGUUUUUUGUAACAUGAAAAAACAUUGGCAUAUUUAGUUAUUUUUUGGACAAGCUAUACUUCAAGCUUGUUUUUAACGUUAAUUUGAUAGUGUGUGUGUGUGUUUUUUUUUUUUUUAAACAAAUCAUGAAGCUGAAAAAUUUUUAGGAUUGUUGGUGCUUAGUAGACUUGAUAACUAUUUUAAAAAUGCGUGAAUUUAGUAAAAUCCUUUUUUUCUCACUAUGCAUGUGUAAAUGUUUGUAAUCUGGCUUCCCCCCCUCUCCAGUGGUAUAAAGAAUUGUGCCGCUUUAAGGUUUGUUUUUUUUUUUCCCUCCAGUAAAAAUUUUGGUACCUUAUUUGAUGUUUACAUUAAAAUGUGACAUUAUAUAUGGCAAUUCCAAUAUUUUGCUAACUGUUUUGUUUGAGGACAUCAUUAAAAAGAAAUAUAAUGUUUGUCCAAAAUGUAUCAAAAUUCAUCAAAAUCUGGGGCAAAAAACUACCCUUGUUUUUCAUGUCUUUUGAUUCUUAUAAAAUAACCCCACUGAACUUGUAUAAAAAUAUAAAAUUUAAAUAGCUAUCUUAAUUAUCCUACAGUCUAAAAAUUGUUUUGAAUGAACUUUGGUAAAAUCCAAAGGAAAACAUUUACCCUCUUGAAACUUGUGGUCUUGUAACACAUUUGAAACAAUGCAUGUCCUUAUUGAUUUCCUGAUUUGGUAGUACUACUUUUCUACUUCAGAGAUAUCUUGAAACUACAAUACAACUUUUUUUUUUUAAAAUAAGAUAAGGUUGGAAAACAUUGCAAUGAACCAAUGGAUCCUGAUGAUCCUUUCCAAAAUAGUUUUUUGGAGGACUACUUUGAAUAGGCCAUCCUGUAUUCACAGUACAUUUUUAAAAUGGGGUUGGAAAGGACCAGGAGUACAGAAAACUCCUUCCAUCUCUUCUGGGUCUGGAGUUUCGUUGCUGGCGGCCAGCUACAAUGCCCCCCCACCCCAUCAUCCUCAUACAGUUUAGGAGAAGAUAAUGCCUUUAGUUCAAGGUUAGCGAGCCUGCAGGACAAAGAGCACCUCCGUUCUUCCGAUCUGUCCUUCUGCUCAGAGUGGGUGCCCGUCAUUUGCUGUGGCUUUCCGUCAGGGGCCACGAGUCUCCGUGUGAGGCAGCAGAUGGAGACGUGUCGACUGCAGACGUGUUCAUUAACACAGUUAUAAAUCACAGUUGGAAAACAGAGUCGGCAAGUUCCAGCACCACGUUUUCUCUGGCUGAUGUCAGACCGCCGCAUUGAACUAGGUCAGAUUUUGCUCGAGAUAACUUUAGUCACAAGAAAAGAAGAAAAUGUUUCGCCACAUAGCUAUGUAUUUCCGAUUCUCUGACGAAACUCAAGACAUAGCCCAAACGAAGAUUAGAUCUCCCUGAUGUGAGGAUGUCUGGGAGAAAUCGUUUUUUUCAAUUGUGAUGAUUUUCUCCACACACCCCCGCACACCCCUGGCAGAAAUGUUCAGGAGCGUUUGAGAAUAGGAAGACAGAACUAGCAUGUCAGGGCUUUCAGAUAAUCCUUUGCUGUGGAGUGAUUGCCUAAUUUUCGGUUUUCCGUUCUUGAACCUUUAAAAAGCAUCGGUUUAAAAUUAUUUGUAUUUAUAACGAGGUCAAGGGCAUAUCCCACCGCUUUACAUAAAUACACCGACACUGGAAGCUUUGGAUAAGGAAGCUGCUAAGUCGUUGUGACAGCCUUGUUUCAGCAGUUAUUUCCCAAAACCCUAGAAAUAAUAGCUGCUUAUCCGUCCCCUGUCUGCUGUGUCCAAGUGUCCCUCAUUUCCUUACUGUUCCUGCAGCCAGUCAAGCAUUCGGAUAUCGUUUUCAUCUACUGCCUUUUUAGAUUGUGCCUCGAGUGCAUGUUCUAGCACACCUGCCCUUCCUCGGCAUCACUUAAUGCCAUCUUCGCAACCAUAAAUAAUGGUUCUGAGCAAGUCUUACUGCAGGAAUCACUAAAUUUCUCUUGAAAUGAGGCGUGACUUUUGAGGACCGUUCAUGCUGUCUGGGUAUUACUUAGGUAGUAGUAGCAAGUACCCAGAAAGCAGACUUAGAAACAACUUAUGUAUUGGGUUCAACCCUAGAGUUGAGAUGGAACUCUUUUUUUUUUUUUUUUGUUAAAGAAACUCAAGUUUCUUUUUUUUUUU